AUGCUUGCCGCUUCUGCAAGUCCAUAUGCAUUGCUGGCAUUUGAUAAUCUCCCUAAAAUAUUAAAUGAACUACCAGAAGUGAUUACGACUUUUCCUAAAGAUUUCUACAGUACUUAUAUUAACAAAGAAACUAGAUUUACAUCCAUUUGA